ACCAUGAUCCCUUACAAAAUAAAAAGACAAAAUCAUGAAGUUGAGAGAUAAAAAAGAGAGAACAUCAUUGCUUUUCUCUCUUCUUUCUCUCUACCAACCAGCUAGCUUCACUAUUUCCCAACAAACAGCAAAUCAAGAAGAUAAACAUCAUAACCACCCACUUCCUCUAUCCACAAGAGAAAGGGAGAUGGAGGCUGAAAUGGUGUAUCAGUACUGGUGUCACAUGUGUUCUCAGAUGGUGAACCCGGCAACGGAAGCUGAUAUUAAAUGCCCGUUUUGUGAUAGUGGUUUUCUGGAAGAGAUGGGCAGCACGAGAGAAGUCAAUAACAGUGGCUUUAAUUUAGGAUCAGAACAUGUGUUCUCUCUUUGGGAUACAAUCUUACUGGACCUUACGGAUGGCCUAGGCACUUCUGGUUUGAGAAGUACAGCUCAAGAAAAUAUUAGCAGUCCCAGUUCACCAUAUGAAGAUGAUGAACUAGACUUUGAGUCUUUACCUCGGAGAAGGGGUAGAAGAAGCUCAUCUUCAGUCCAGAGCUUACUUCAAGAUCUUAAUCUGGGAGCAGAGAAUUAUGAAAAUGACAGAGAGAGCACUGGCAGCAGCAUUUUGAUUUUGGUUAAUCCUUUUAAUGAAGAGGCAAUAAUUCUUCAGAGUCCCGAUGAUAUGAACCAAGCUGAAAACCCAAGUCAAAACGUGUCAAGUUCUUUCCGGGACUACCUUAUAGGACCUGGUGUGGAUUUACUGCUACAUCAUUUGGCCGAGAGUGGUCCUAACCGUUACGGGACUCCUCCAGCAAAUAAAGAAGCAGUUAAAGCAAUGCCAACAGUUUCCAUUAAUCAGAAUUUGCAGUGUUCAAUAUGCUUGGAAGAGUUUGAGAUUGGAUCUGAAGCAAAGGAAAUGCCAUGCAAACACAAAUUCCAUGGAGAGUGUAUUGCUCCAUGGCUGGAACUUCAUAGUUCCUGCCCAGUUUGCAGGUUCCUAAUGCCCUCAGAUGAUUCCAAGACUGAAGUAAGUCAGUCGAGAAGUGACGCAGACACAAUGGAGAACAACGAUGCUAGAAACACUUGGGUCCCUAUCUCAUGGCCUUUUGAUGGUUUGUUUCCUUUAUCAGGAUCUCAAAUUGGUGGGAGUUCUAUUUCAGCACCCUCGUCGACUACCAUGCCUGGAAGUACUUCCUUCACCGAUGAAACUUGAACACUUGGUUUUUUGUUCCUUUCUCUGUUUCCUUGGCUUUCUUCUGUAUAUUGCCAUCUUAUCUUAGCAAAAUGGUACCCUCUCCAUAUGUAAAUGAAGGAAUGAUAUUGGUGCCUUUUUGUAUUGUGUAAGCAAUUUUGAUACUUGAUGAUAAGAUUCCAUAUAACUAGAUUUCUGGAAUUGGAUUUA